GGUGCGGCGGGAGGGCAGGUUCCUCGCGGGGAGUCGCCCCUUGACCGGGUCCUGCGCGUUGACGGACCAGUUGGGCACCUGUUAGUUGGCGGGCGGUGUCGGCGGGUUUAGAGGAGCGAGGACGACACCAGAGCGUUGUGUCUGCGGGUGACUUGCCACCAAUCACCGCACUGUCGUCGCCUGGAAGUGCUCGCUCCAGCCUUCGGGGGCUUCUUGCGGGAGAAGGGCACGUUUUGAGGUUAUAGUUCCUUAAAGCGAAGGUAAUUAUUGACCAGGGUGUCUUUUAUGAAUAAUCAAAAGCAGCAAAAGCCAACGCUAUCAGGCCAGCGUUUUAAAACCAGAAAAAGAGAUGAAAAAGAGAGGUUUGACCCUACUCAGUUUCAAGACUGUAUUAUUCAAGGCUUAAGUGAAACUGGUACUGAUUUGGAAGCAGUAGCAAAGUUUCUUGAUGCUUCUGGAGCAAAACUUGAUUACCGCCGAUAUGCAGAAACACUCUUCGACAUUCUGGUGGCCGGGGGAAUGCUGGCCCCAGGUGGUACACUGGCAGAUGACAUGAUGCGUACAGAUGUCUGUGUGUUUGCAGCACAAGAAGACCUAGAGACCAUGCAAGCAUUUGCUCAGGUUUUUAACAAGUUAAUCAGGCGCUACAAAUACCUGGAGAAAGGUUUUGAAGAUGAAGUGAAAAAGCUGCUGCUGUUCUUAAAGGGUUUUUCGGAGUCGGAGAGGAACAAGCUGGCUAUGUUGACUGGUGUUCUUCUGGCUAAUGGAACACUUAAUGCAUCCAUUCUUAAUAGCCUUUAUAAUGAGAAUUUGGUUAAAGAAGGGGUUUCAGCAGCUUUUGCUGUAAAGCUCUUUAAAUCAUGGAUAAAUGAAAAAGACAUCAAUGCAGUAGCUUCAAGUCUUCGGAGAGUCAGCAUGGAUAACAGACUGAUGGAACUUUUUCCUGCCAAUAAACAAAGCGUUGAACACUUCACAAAGUAUUUCACUGAGGCAGGCUUAAAAGAGCUUUCAGAAUAUGUUCGGAAUCAGCAAACCAUAGGAGCUCGUAAAGAACUCCAGAAAGAGCUUCAAGAACAGAUGUCCCGUGGUGAUCCAUUUAAGGAUAUAAUUUUGUAUGUCAAGGAGGAGAUGAAAAAAAACAACAUCCCAGAACCGGUUGUCAUUGGAUUAAUCUGGUCCAGUGUGAUGAGCACCGUGGAAUGGAACAAAAAAGAGGAGCUUGUAGCAGAGCAGGCCAUCAAGCACUUGAAGCAAUACAGCCCUCUCCUUGCUGCCUUUACUACUCAAGGUCAGUCUGAGCUGACUCUGUUACUGAAGAUUCAGGAGUAUUGCUAUGAUAACAUUCAUUUCAUGAAAGCCUUCCAGAAAAUAGUGGUGCUUUUUUACAAAGCUGAAGUCCUGAGUGAGGAGCCCAUUCUGAAGUGGUACAAAGAUGCACAUGUUGCAAAAGGGAAAAGUGUCUUCCUUGAACAAAUGAAAAAGUUUGUGGAGUGGCUCAAAAAUGCUGAGGAAGAAUCUGAGUCUGAAGCUGAAGAAGGUGACUGAAUUUUGAAACUACACCCUCAGUAAAGCAAACAGGAGUUGUAGAUAAAAUGUCAUGUCUCAUGUGUCCUGGUUCUUACAUCUUCCUACCUCCCUAUAUCAAGCAUGAUAUAAGGGCUUUCAUGGCAAAUUUUAUUUUAACUGUUUCUAUGGUUACUGGAAAUGUUGGGUUUAAUUUCUAAAACCAUGUUUUAAGUAGCUACAGGAGCUGUAGAUUUGGAUCUAAUGUUGCAUUAGUCUUUUCAGUUAUCUUCUACCUCCUGUAUUUUCUACUGUAAUAAUGUAAUUUAAGGCCUUCCACAGUGAACAGUUCACUUUUUUCCUGGGUUUUCUAUAUAAACAGUUUUAAAGAUAUGAUUUGGUUAAAAAUAAUUUGUUAUAAAAAUUCUGUUUGCAAAUUAAACUGUAAAAGUAUCCAAAGUCUCAAAAAGCAAUGAUUUGUGUGAUAAUUCGGUAUGCCCAAAGCCCUCCUCAUCUGUAAAAAUCUCAUAUGCAGUAAUUGAACUCAUUAACAUGAAUCUUGAGUAUUUGAACCAUUGCUCACAUGUUAAUAUUUUCUUGAAUUUCAGCUCCAGAUGUGUUUGAGCUCAGUUGUUUGCUCUGAUUUUCAUUCCUUAGUGAAGCCAUGGAGAAAAGCUUGAAAGUGAGGUCUUUGGGAAACUAUUGUGGGCAGAGGUGGUGGGAAGAAGAAAGUUGAGCUUUUUCCUAUUGAGAAACUUCUUCAUUCAGUUUCUGUCUUUUCAAGCAGAACAUACGGGGUAUUCUUGUCAUACCAUUUACAACUGUACCUUAGAAAAGUCUUGUCACAUAAUGAAUUUAACACUUAGAAUGUUAGGAAAGGACUCAUGAAAUAGUGUGAGUAAUGAAACGACUGUACUAAACCCAGUAAAUUGUUGAAAAUGUUAAGUGCCAGCAUGUUCUAAUUGGGACUCUAAAUAUAACUCUUUUCCUAUUGGCUUAGAGUAUUUGAUGUAAAGAAUGGAGUGUAAUGAUAGGACCAGCCUCAUUCUCCUAACUAAUAUUCACUAAUUAAUGAUUCAAGCAUUUGGCUAUUAGCAUACCCUAGUUGCCUUUUUUAAUUGCCAUGAGCCAAAAGUCUUUUCUAUACAAUUCAGUUAUUUUAAUUUCCAUCUUUUCUUUCUGCCACCCAUCUAUAUAUGUAGUCAGCAGAAAACAAAAUGUGACCACACUUUUUGAUUGGAAAGACUUCACCUUAAAAGUGAAGAUUUUGGAAGUUUUGAUUAUUGAAAGAAAUUUGCUUGGAAUAAUGCCACCAGAGACUGAGUAGAAAUUGCCCCUUUCAAAGGUGCCAUUUUUAUGAGCCAAGAAUUUGGUGUUUAACAAUUAAUCUGGAGGGAAUAAUAUGUAGUAUAAUUUGAAAUGAAGGUGUAUAGUUACCUUAAGAAGAGCAUUAUUAUUGAUACCAUUGUGAAUGGGGUGAAAUUGUAAAUGAAUAACUGAUAAAAUUUUCAUGCACAGGCAAAAUGUAUUCACUAGGUUUCUACGUAGUGAUUUGCUUUUGCUUUGUAAUUUGUAGUCCUUAAAAGACUUUAAAAAAAAUAAAGUCCAUCCUUAUUAGGUUAUAUAGGUCAAUCUUUAUUUUUUUUAUAAAUUCCAUGCUAAUGUCCAGUGGUAACUGUAUGUUAUACAUUCAGGCAUUUCUACUAUGUAAGCAUUAAAUAAUUGCUCUUUCACCCUUGUAGCUCCCAAACUAUAAACACCUACAAAGAAUUCUGAUGUUGCAGAAACUACAUAACAUUUCAACAACCAAAUUAUUGCAUGUUACUGCCAUUCAAAGUGUACCCUGUUUUAUUAUAUACUGUGUAUAGUGAAUGUGUAGUCUUCCAGAACUACAUUAUGAUCUUUGUCUGAUCACAGUUUUUUUCUUCAUAAUGACAACGUAGUGUUUACUUACAAUAUUAUAGUAAAUGGGUAUCACCUGUGACAGUAUAAAAAAAAGGGAAUGCUUUCUGAAAGGACUGCAGAUUUUCUUUUAGAAUUCUAAGUGGUAAUUUUGGAACUCGGUUGCCAGUGCCAACCUAUGGCCUCAAAUAUGUAAUUCUUAAUAUAGAUGUUAAAACUGUACUUGUAUGAUUGGAUAAAUGUUGAUUUUCCUAACUCGGUUUCUGUUUCAGAGGGUCUCUUAGAUGCCAUAAUUAAAUGUGUUUAGAGCUGAUCAUAAGUUUCUUAAUCUUAAUUAUUCUGGAGUAUUGUCCUAGAGAUAUUUAUUAUGCUGUUCUUAUGAAAAUUCCAAAUACCAAAAACACCAAGGAUAUUUUGUCACAGCAUAAUGAUGGUGGUAAGAGGAAAUGCAUGUGACUGAGAUACUGACUUCUAAUUCAGUGUUUCUCAAAGCUCAUCACUCUCCUCCAGGAAGCCUUUUUAGAGUUUUCUUAUAGCACCCCAAUAAAUUUUAUUACAGAUAA